GGAGCUCACGUGACGAUAAUAAUAUUCUUCCUGGUUAGGUUUAACCCAAACGCGAGACCUCCGAGUCCAGCGAGCGGAGAGUGUUGUUGGUAGUAAUCGUCUCACUUGUGGGAGAAGUCGGAGUUUCGUUGUUUGUUUUUCUUUCCUCCUGUUGACCUGUCUGUCGUUCAAGUACUGUGACCACAUUCCUGGCUCCGACAACAUGGCCUUGCUCUCCAGUAAACAACUCCUCUUGAUUGGAAUGACACUGGGACUUCUAAACACUGUCUGUGCUGUAUCAUUCGAAGUGAAGGAUGAGAAAAACACCACAUGCAUAAAAGCUGAGCUUUCAGCAAAUUUUUCUGUCCAGUUUGAACAGAGUGACAAAAAUAUGAGCAUUGCAAUGAUAGUUCUCCCAGAAGAUGCAAAAGUAGGUAAUCUGAGCACUUGUGGUAAUACAACAACAGACCCACUCUUGGUCAUUGUCUUCGGAGCUGGCCAUGAACUCGGCAUAAACUUUUCUUCUAAUUCUUCUACGUACAUGGUGAAAACGUUGGUGGUUACCUUCAAUCUUUCGGACAGCACUGUAUUUCCAAACUCAAGUUCUAAAGGCCAAGUGAGCUACUCAACAAACUCUGUUGAUAUCCAGGCUCCACUGAAUACCACUUACCGCUGUAUGAGUAUUCAGCGUGUAAUGUUGAAGAAUGUCAAUAUCACAUUCAGUAAUGUGAGACUGGAAGCCUACCUGCACAGUUCAAACUUCAGCAAAGAAGAAAAUGUAUGCUCUGCUGAUAUUCCAACUACUGCUGCACCAAAAACUACUCAGGCAACUACUCCUUCACCAACAACCGCACCUUUGCCAAACCCAACCCCAAAAACCUAUAAUGUCACAAAUGCCAAUGGGACUUGUCUUCUGGCCAAAAUGGGACUUCAACUUAAUAUUACCUUUACUCCACCAUCGGAAAACAAGACUGAAUCCCUUCUUCUGAACAUUCAACCCAACAAAACUACAGCAACCGGAUCCUGUGGCAGUCAAGAUGCAUCUCUUGUUUUAAGUGACGGCAGUGUAACAACUUUAACAUUCAUGUUUAUGCUGAAUAACACUUUAAAGAAGUUCUUCUUGAGUGGAGUCACUGUUGACACAAUCGUAAAUGCAGCUGAAAAAAAGUUUCAUGCUGAGAACAAUAGUCUGAGCUAUCUGCGAGCAUCUUUUGGAAAAUCCUACACAUGCAAAGCUGAGCAAACUCUGUUAGUCUCUUCUGAUUUUUCUGUCAAUGCCUUUGACCUCCAGAUUCAGCCUUUUGGAGUUCAUGAUGGCCAGUUUAGUGCAGUGGAGGAAUGUCAGCUGGAUGAAGACAACAUGCUCAUCCCAAUCAUAGUGGGUGCCGCACUGGCUGGAUUGGUUUUGAUAGUGCUGAUUGCCUACCUUAUAGGCAGGAAGAGAAGUCAUGCUGGCUAUCAAACCAUUUAAACAACUAAAUGAUCUGUUACUUGUUGAAUAGUCAAACCUAUCUACCACUGUAACUAACAGGCUCUUGCAAGAAGUUGAUACACGCACUUUUAAAGUCUACAAAUAAACAGACAAACAUAAGGGAGCUUCUAGUUGGCUUAAUCUGCUUCUUGGCAGGAUUUACCUGCUGAACCUGGCAUCUGCAGUGUUGUUGUUUUUACUAAACUAUGGUUUGUGAGUUUUGUUCACCUUUCUCUUUUCUUUUUGAGCUUUUCCUAAGCUGAGAUUUUGUUACAUGUUGGACUGUUAAGUACAGUUGAAAUAGCAAUACUGCAGAGUCUAUGAAUUGGACAUCACAAGACGACAUUGAAUACACUAAACUGACAAAUGUAACUUUCUGCUAAUAUGGGAGCAUGGUGCAGUAUUAAGUCUUAAUUAUAAAUGGUCAUUGGAUACACAAAUUUUACCUUCAUAGUUCAAGGGGUGGUAAGUAUUUUAUUAUUGUAAAGAAACAUUGAGGGAAACACCUUUAUGUAUCAUUUUGGGGUUAAAUAAGUUGCUUUCUUUUCACAAUUCUUGGGAUUGCUGUAUAAUUUUUUGAAUUGCCUCUUUUGAAUGAAGCUUUUUUUUCUUCUUCUUAAAGCUUCUCAGACUUGUUUGGUUAGCAGAAACAGAUGGUACUUUUAAAGGGAAGCAUGAGCAUCAUUCCAUUUACAGAUUUUUAAGAGACUAAAUUUGAUUGCUGCGUAUUUUCUUUUGUUUGGCUGUUUUCAUAAUUGUUCUGGUUUUAGUUUUUAGUUGUGCUUAGGGUUUAUUUUCAGGUUUUCAUCCUGCCUUUGUUGUGGUGUGCAAGAGUUCCAGAGAGAUGCUGCAUUUUAGUAACCCGACUUGAAUUCACUUGCUUAUCAAUAACUGGCAUGUUUUGUAACAACUGGAAUAAGAGCAGCCACUGCAAAUUUCGACUUACACUCUUGUUGUCUGCGGCCUGUUUAUAAUUAAGUGGGAAGAAGAAAACCGUACCCCAAUAGAAGGCCAUUUUUUUUUUGUAUUCUUUAAACCACCAACCAUUGAUGGUCAACACUAAAGACAUACCAAUGUCAAGAAAUUAAUUUAAAAAUCUUGAUGCAUUAUUUAACUUUACUAGUUGUAUGUCAGAGUCUUCGUUCAUGUUUGUGCUACGGUUUGGAGAAAAUUUGAAUUUGCUGUUUUACUGUGAUUAAGAAGAGAAUUCUGGAGAUCCAAGUUUAUACUCCUCACCCAUCUGCUCCAUUUGCAAAAUGAGGAUUAGUCCAAAUAGUGACCCAUUAAGCCACCGGGGUCAAUAAUGAUAUGACCUUCCAAUGAGAAACUCCUUUUAAAAUGUACUGUCUGCUGCUACUCCAAGUUGACUGGUCUUAGAUGGCUGGCAGCUCAGAGAUGUUUUGUGUACCCCUCAAUAUUCUAAAUUCAGUGACUUGAGUGUGUACAAUACAUAUAUAAUUAUUUUCCCCGUCCUUCUAGAUUUUCUCCUAGUUUUUUUUUUCACAUUUUCUUCAUCUGUUUGGAAUAUUGUUUUAGACUUUUGAGUUCUCAGUGAGUAAAUAUCCUGAUGCACCCCAAUGUGGCAGCAUCUUAGCACCCAUUUGUUUUUUCUUGACAACAGGGAAAAGUAGCUGCAUGUAUAUUCCAGCUUCUUUGUGGGGCUACCCUUGAUUCUUCUAGAUAGCUCUCUAAUCAAAAUCUCCUAUGUGUUUGGGAUUUGGAGACAAGAAAGGGGGGCAAGUAAAUGGGUUUGUAUACGCCUAAAUGUAGGACUUUAUUGCAUAGAAUAAGGGAUUGUGCAACAAAACAGUCAAGUGUGUUUUUUUGCAUAUUGCUUAUCAUGAAUAAACUACCAAAUCAGUUCUAGCAGUUCCACUAGCAUACAACAAUUUUCCAUCACAAAACAGGCAAAAAACAUGGAUGUGAAGUGAGUUAGUUACUUUUCUACAUAGAAUGUGGAUGUCAUUAGUCUGACAUGCUUCCUUGAGGUGCCUUGACGGAAAGCCAGUUUGAAACUUUGGAACAUACAAAAUAUCAUUAAGAAGCUUGUUAUGGCUUAUUUGUAAUUUAAGAAUAAAAAGGUGUAAUAAAGCAAAUGGCUGCUAUGGUGUGGUAGUCAAGAAAAUAUCGGAUGCUUAGAAUUUUGACUUGUCAUUUGCUUGCAUUUUAAGAGGAAAGUUUCAAAGAUCUGAGCUGAAAUCCAGAACUUUAUUGCCCCUUUCAUUCAUGUGUAAUGGGCAGCAAUUGGGACAUAAACUGCCCUAUGUUUUGUUAAUGCACUUAGUGUGAUGUUUUUAAGAAACUGUGUGAUUAUACAAGUUUAAAAUGAAAUACUAAUAAAUCAUUUUUCCAGGUG